CCGAAGGCGACCCAACUCUCCGGGAGAGCGAAGCUGAGAGAAGGGAGGGCGCGGACGUGACGUUGCCGAGGGAAAAAACAAUCUUUUGGUUUCCGUUCAGGGUCCGGGCUCGGCGGUCGCGAAGGCGGGCGCUGGCGCUGGCCAUGGCGUUCCCGACGUUCCGCACGGUAGCUCUGGCCUCCUGCCUGGUGCUGUGCGUGUCCCUGCUCCUGCCCAAAAUCUUCCUUUCCAGGGGCUGGAGGCUGCAGGAACCCGGGGCCGACGGGCCGCCCACGCCGGUCUCCGUGCCCGAGGGAAAGACCAGCCCAUUUCCUCCAACCAUGCAUCCCCAAAUCCAUCCAGAAACCAGACCACCUACUACCCAUUUCCCAAGGUCUCAUCUUGCAGAAGCCAUUGCCAAAGCGAAAGGUGGUGGUGGUGGAGGAGCAGGAGGAGGUGGUGGCAGCGGUGGAACUAGAGGGAGUGGCAGUGGAAGAGGACUUGUGGGCCAAGUCAUCCCAAUAUAUGGAUUUGGAAUCCUUUUAUACAUAUUGUACAUUCUUUUUAAGCUUUCUUCUAAGGGGAAGACCACGACAACUGAGCGGAAAUGUCCUUCUUCAGGGUCUGGAAAUACAAACAGGAAGAUCACCGACUAUGAGCUUGCCCAGCUUCAAGAAAAGCUGAGAGAAACCGAAGAAGCCAUGGAAAAAUUAAUCAAUCGAGUAGGACCCAACUGUGAAAGCAGGGCCCAAAAUGGCACUACUGAUCAAGAGAAAAGGUUGCUGCAGCAACUCCGAGAAAUUACUAGGGUCAUGAAAGAAGGCAAGCUUAUUGAUGGAAUCUCCCCAGAACAAGAAGCUGAAGAGGCUCCAUAUAUGCAAGACUGGGAAGGUUAUCCAGAAGAGACCUAUCCUGUCUAUGAUAAUUCUGAUUGUUACAAGCGCAGACAGGGCACGAUUCUUGUGGAUUACCCUGACCCAAGCCAGCCAUCUGCUGAAGAGCUAGCAGAGAGAAUGGAGUUUGUGGACGAUGAGGAUUACUUGUGUAGUGAAACCCUUUUGUCUGCUCUCGCCUUAGUGAAUGAUGGCCCAGCAGCAAGGAACGAGAAGGACCAGCAUGCCACAUUCAGUGACCAGAGUGGGAAUGGCCACCAUUUUGAGAAAUGCUACUGUUGUCACUAUGAAGAGGAUGAUCCUGCUGUGAUAGCAGAGAAUGCAGGGUUCUUCUCUGACAGCUGCAGCGAAACGGAAGACACCACCAAAGGAGAGCUCUCGGUGGAGUCUGACCAUGAAAACGCAGCGCCCAGAGAUCAGAGCGAUGAAGAAAUUGGCCUUCUGAGAAAGCGAAACACAAAGGGAAUGGAGUUGCUGGGACAAUGAAGGCUGUGCAGGAUUGCACAUCUUUCUAUAGACAUCGAUCUUCGCUUUGAGGACAGAGGCGUUCCUUCCCUGUGGUGGGACCCGCUUGCAAUCCCAUAGCAGCUGCUGCUCCUUUGAAAUGGGAUAAAGUGUUUCUCCUUGCUCAUUCGGUAGUCAGCCCAGCAACAGGAGUACCACCUGAUAUGCUAGUGGUAGAUUCCCAAGAAAAUUUCAAAACAUGGUUGCCCCAUGGUUUCCAUCCGUGGUUUCAUCCAGCUUUCUUGUCUCCCUGACCUGAAGGGUAGCUUCACUGCAUUCCUCAAGUCCUGUAGAAAGUACAAAGAACCCUACAUCCAAUAGGGACUCCUCUUGCUUGCAGAAUAGUGAUACUUUUGCUUGUGUAUUUAUUCGCUACGGGCGGCACUGGAGCCAUCAUUAGCCAGGCUGAGGCAGCCCAUUUUGGGUACUGCUUCACGGCAGGAAAAUAUGGUUUAUAUUUAGGCAUCAUAGGAAUUGUCCUUUGCCACUGGACACCCACAGGACCAGAACUGAGAAAACUUGUUUUCUGUCUGUCUGUAUCCCCAUCCACCCAGCUCCUAGAAUCCAGACAGGCAUGUUGAAGGAGCUACAUUUUUAAGUUUUCCUGAGCUUUUUAUUGGACAGUGGUUUUUUUUGUGAUUAUAUGCAAAAAAUUCUUAUUUAUUU